CCCAUUGACACCAAGCCACUUAUUAUCGUACCACAACACAACAAUACACUAAUACACCAGCAACGAUCACCAACACCAACGCACCAAUACUCGGUACACACACACACAUACACCAAUACAAUAUCAAUAGGACGCGGCUUGCAGCCCUGUUCUCGUACAUCUGCGCCGACCCGAAGGCUGGGCCCGUCUCGUUGCGGCAGCACACUCGCAUCAAUCGCUGCUUGGAAUUGCGAUUGCGGCCUUUGGGCAUCUCAGUCCGUCCGCUACGGCCGUACCGGGCCACAACCCCCCCCUCCAAACGGCGCAUGAUAGUUACCUUCUCAUUGCCACAUACUUACCUACGUUGGGGUACAUUCAUCGGCUCUCACCAGUCCACUCACUCGCCUCCAUCACGGCGACACCCGCUCAUACUUCACCCGUCGCUCCCUUCGCCUCCUCACCUCUUGCAACGAGAACUUCCCGCGCUCUCCACCAUCGUGCGUGUCUGGCGUCUGCGUGACAGCUCCAAGAGGCGCACAUUCCCACGCGGUACGGCGCACCGGUUGUUUGCUGGACCCUGGCGCUUGCACACCGUCCCGUCCCUUAUCGCCAUCCUCUUCUCUCUUUCCCAUCUCCCGCCCUGCACCUCGCCAAAAAUUCCUAUCAAAGUACGCACCCAACUUGGCCAAUCGUUGACCCGUGAACAUGGAUUGCUAGACACCCGAGUGUUUCUUUUUUUCCGUUGAAGAACCGUCGCUGCAAGCCGUGCCUUGACCGGUCUCGUCUCACUCAAUACUCACCUCACUCACUUCACUCACCUCGCUCACCUUAUCGAGUCUCACCGCGUCUCACCGAAAACUGCCACAACCUGCUAGCUGUUUCCGGCUCUGUGUCUACGAAUUCCACAAGCAAUUCGCUCAACUUCAGAUCCGGCCAAAGGAGGGAAAUGAAUACUUACCCCUCGGCAUUCCGCUUAGAAAAAGGGCACGACAGAAAAAAAAGAUGUCCACCACAACCGUCACAACUUCUUCUGCAACACCAAUCGCCAUGACCGCCGAGGCCAAAAUCCCUGCGAGGACGGUGCGGCGAACAGCGCAGGAUGAAGCGGCGGACCUGCAGAUGUUCAAGGAGAACAGGCUGAGAGCGCCAUAUGACGAGUGGCCCAAUGAAGCAGGCUUCGACGGCCUCACCGAGGAACGCGGCCCCAUCGAGCUAACCGUCCAGGGCCACAUUCCCGCCUGGGCCGCCGGCGCCCUUUACCGGACGGGCCCCGGAAGCUGCAAGGUCGAGGACACCCCCAAGGGGACCUACUAUGUCUCGCACUGGUUCGACGGCUUCGCCCACACGCACAAGUUCGACAUCGUCGGCCCCUCCAAGGCCUCCGCCUCCUCCGCCUACGGCCGGACGCGCGUGCUCUACUCCUCGCGGCGCCAGUGCGACGAGCUAGUUGCGUCCGUCAAGGCCACCGGCCACCAGAACCGCUACACCUUUGGCCAGAAGGCCGACCCCUGCAUCGGUAUUUUUGGCAAGUUCAUGGGCGUCUUCUCAAAGGGGGACGGGCCCAACAUCUGCGUCGCCGUCAGCGCCAACGUCCCUGGCUUCGACAGCCGGGAAAGUGACGACGACAAAGAGAAGAGCGACCGGGAGAAGGAGGAAGAGGAGGAUGAGGACAAGCGGAGUGACGGCGAAAAGAGCGACGGCACACCGGGCCAGGGCCCUUCUGGAUCAGGUCACCGCAACCGCGUCCGCAGCCUCUGGCUCUCGACCGACUCGAGCCCGCUGCAGGAAAUCGACCCGGACACCCUCGAGCCCGUCGGCAUCGCCACCCAGGACAGGCUGCACCCGGACCUGUCGGGCCCCAUGUCGUGCGCGCACGCCCAGCGCGACCCCGAGACGGGCGACAUGUACAACUUCAAUCUCGCCCUGUCCAUGACUUCGACGUACCGCGUCUUCCGCACAAGCGCGGCCACCGGCAAGACGGACAUCCUGGCCGCCAUCUCGGGCGGCGACGCCAAGCCGGCCUACAUCCACAGCUUCUUCCUGACAAAGUCCUUCGUCGUCCUCUGCAUCCCCUCGUCCCACCUGGCCUACCGCGGCAUGGCCGUCCCCUGGCAGCGCAACAUCCUCGACGCCAUCGUCCCCUUCGACGCCGCCAACCGGUGCAGGUGGUACUUUGUCGACCGCCUCCACGGCAAGGGCGUCGUGGCGUCCUUCGAGACCCCGGCCGGAUUCUUCUUCCACACCACCAACGCCUUUGAGGAGCCGUCCGCCGACGGGCCCGGGCUCGUCGACGUCUUUUGCGAGAUCUCGGGCUACCAGAACCUCAACAUCCUCCACAACCUCUACUACGACGUCCUGCUCAACCGCAACGACGCCACCACCAAGUUCUGGACCGAGAACGAGCGCCUUCACAACGGCUACGCGAGCCUGCAGCGGUUCAAGUUCCGCCUGCCGGACCCUUCCCGAGAAGCGGCAGCAGCAGCAACAGCACCUACAGAACCCGAACUCCUCGUCUCGAUCCCCGCCCCGCACGCCGGGGAACUGCCGACCAUCAACCCGGACUACCUCACCCGCCGCCACCGCUACGUCUACUCCCUCUCGGACCGCGGUCUUAGCACGCUGCUCGACACCAUCGUCAAGACGGACGUCGACACCCGCGAGGCCCUCAUGUGGGAGUGCCCGCGCGCCCACACCCCCGGCGAGCCCAUCUUCGUCCCGCGGCCCCCGACGGCGGCGGCGACUGCAGACGGCCGCGCGCCCGCCGUAGCCGAGGACGACGGCGUCAUACUCAGUGUCGUGCUCGACGGCACCACCCAGCGGAGCUACCUCCUCUGCCUCGACGCCGCGUCCAUGACGGAGCUGGGCCGGGCCGAGUGCGACUUCGCCGUCGGCAUGGGAUUCCACGGCAUCCACGCGCCCUCGGGCCCGGGCAUGGGGUGAUUUGGGGUCGCCUGCAUCUCCGUCUCUCCCCCCCAGCUGCGACGGCACUCACGAUGAAUGAAUGAAUGAAUGAAUGGAACCUCUUUUUGUUUGGCAUCAUUUGUUUUACAAAAAUGCUUUGGUCUUUGAGUUUCGGGCGUUGAGGACGUGACGGGCGAGCAUCAACUCUUUUUUUUGUUGGGCACCGGAUGGAUUGAGCGGCUGCCGCGGGGGCAUGGAAGAGCUGCUAUCGGGCGUCCUUGGACCAUGAAGUUCCCUGUUUCGUGUGACGUCCUUGGUUGACUAACCCUUCCCUUGGGCUACAUUACACCCUUCCGAUUGGCUUCGUUUUCUGCGCUUGUUGCUCGGCAGGCGUUUGUCUUCUGUGAAUAGGCGACUGCGCUCAGGAGUGUGAGCCGCCAUGGAUUAGACCCAUCUGUCUUUCCACGUAGUCCUAUGUCAUCGACCAGCUCGUGAC